GAGACGCGAGUAGCUGGGUCUUCGGCAGCUGAGGUAGAGGUUUAACUGUUGUCCCGGCGGAGCAAGUCAGGACACAUCUACGGCCGUCUGGGCCAGUGCUGGGUCUCCGUAGCCUGUAAAGAUGGUGUUGCUCACGAUGAUCGCCCGAGUGGCGGACGGGCUCCCGUUGGCCGCCUCGAUGCAGGAGGACGAACAGUCUGGCCGGGACCUUCAACAGUACCAGAGUCAGGCUAAGCAGCUCUUUCGAAAGUUGAAUGAACAGUCCCCUACCAGAUGCACUUUGGAAGCUGGUGCCAUGACUUUUCAUUACAUUAUUGAACAGGGAGUAUGUUAUUUGGUUCUGUGUGAAGCUGCCUUCCCUAAGAAGCUGGCUUUUGCCUACCUAGAAGAUUUACACUCAGAAUUUGAUGAGCAGCAUGGGAAGAAGGUGCCAACUGUGUCUAGACCCUACUCCUUUAUUGAGUUUGAUACCUACAUUCAGAAAACCAAGAAGCUUUACAUUGACAGUCGUGCUCGGAGAAACCUAGGCUCCAUCAACACUGAACUGCAAGAUGUGCAGAGAAUCAUGGUUGCGAAUAUUGAAGAAGUGUUACAACGGGGAGAAGCACUCUCAGCAUUGGAUUCGAAGGCUAACAAUUUGUCCAGUCUGUCCAAGAAAUACCGCCAGGAUGCGAAGUACUUGAACAUGCGUUCCACUUAUGCCAAACUUGCAGCAGUAGCUGUAUUUUUCAUCAUGUUAAUAGUGUAUGUGCGCUUCUGGUGGCUGUGAAGUAGUGAAUCCAGUCACUGGCAAGGGAGAACCUAGCACCCGACAGGUGUAUGUUUUCAGGAAGCUGAGCGCACAGAGAUGUGUAUUAGAAUCCAAGUGGAACUUCUGCCUUUAAAGACCUUGCAAGAAAAGACAUGGCCUGAAAAGGAAAGGUUACACCUCAUUUAAUGAAGCUUAGCCCUAUGUAGAAAGCGUCUUUCCGGGGCAGAGGCUUUCUCUGGGUGCUAAGCCAUAUACAUUAGGGAACAGUAGAUUGUUUUAUUUGUUUUUUUUCCCCUUCCAGUGUUUUACAUUUUUCAAACAGCACUGACUGGGGCAUUCUCAUUCUCUAAUGGAGCCGUCAGUGAGAUUUGGCUUAACCAACCUAUGCUAGCAAGUCUGAAAUCCCUUCAGAGAAGGCAGCCCUUCAGGAAGUUUUUUGACUCUGUUUAAUCAACAUUCCUUUUGUUGGUGACAUUUGUGAUUUUCAGGAAUCUGAGUUGUUUGAUGGCCUUUUAAACAAGACUCCAGUAUGUGAAGGUUAAUUGCUGUGCUGCAAGAUACCCUGUCUAUUGGCCCCUGUAGGAAGUUAACCUUGUUUUUCAUUUAUGAUAAUUUGCUUAUUGCACAAUUGCUUUAGAGUUAAAUGAAUUAAAUGAAUUAUAUUAAGAUGCGUUGAAAUUAUAUUAUAGCACUCCUUGAUUAAGAAGCAAAAAUGUUUUCUGUCAUUUACUCUUAAAAGACUUAAAAUUAGUUUGGGACAUUGUUGAUUUUAUUUUUCUGCAUCUGGUUUAUAUUAAUAUAAGAGUGAGUAUAGCAUAUAGCCAGAGGCCCCUGACUUAUUGGGAAGACAGGCCAGCUCAUCACUACAGCUUUUUCCUCUUUCCUCACUUCUUCACUAUGAUUUUCCCCCCUCUUCCUCCUGCCACAACUUGCUAAGGUUUUUUUAAUUGCUCUGAGCCCUAUAGUUUCAUGUCCCAUAACUAUCCUCUCCGUACAUUCUCAAAUUUCAAAAUGGAAGAUAAUCAGUUGCAUAGUUAAUUAAAUUGAAAAUUUUCAGAGCAACUACUCAAACUACUAAACAUAUUUAUCUAAGAAAAUCUGAGAGCACCUCAUAUCUGCUUCAGUUAUGUAAUUCUCUAAGAAUGUUCUAGAGAUAGGCAACUCAUUUACAGUAGAUUCUGUUAACAAAUAAAAGUACCUGAUUUUUCCCUUUUUUGCUCAGGGAUAAUGAGAAUUUCCUUUUACCUUCUGAGGUAGAAUUUUUUAAAUGGGGAGAAUAGGCCUUUUAAAUAUUGUCACAAGAGUCUACAAUAUAACCUCUAAUUCCUACACAUACUGCAAAUAUUUCUUUAAAUUGUACAGGAAAAUGAACCAACUUCUUAUUUCUUAAGAUCUUUGGAAAGAACUUAAACCAGUAAGCAGUUUUAUAACUCAGGAUCAUCAAAUCUACUGUUCUGAUUCCUGAUAGAGGAAAAAAAAAAUCUUUUCUUUAAACCACGGCAAGGAGAAAUGCUUAUUUUAUUCCUGAUAAUUUAUAGAACUAGAAUAAAAAUUUUUUCUUCCCACUUUGGACCUCUCUCUGCCAAUUGGAGUUUUGUGCAUGAAAUAAGAAGUUACUUUUUAUAGAGAAUAAGUGCUUGAAGUCCCUAAAAGUCUUGUCCCUAAGUAAUGAUGUUGGUAAUAAAAGCCUUUGAAAGGCUGAAAACCUAAAUAGUAGUACCAUAGCAUUUGGUACUUCUGUAGAAGUGGAGAGUGAGUGGCAGCUCGUUGUUGAGAGUUGCAUGCUGCAACCAAGUGGUCAGCAAUGAAAUAAAUA